UGUGCCACAGUGAUGGAUGACCGAGUGCUGAUAGUGUUUCUGUGGCUGUGGAGCUCAGCGGUUCCUGAUGAAGUCAGGUUGGUGGGUGGAGCCAGCCGCUGUGCUGGGAUCCUGGAGAGGAGAGAUGGAGGCGACUGGAGAGCAGUAAACGUCUCUCUGUCUGAGUGGAACCUGACGUCUGCAGAGACGCUGUGCAGACAGCUGGACUGUGGUUCUGUACUUUCACUGGGACGACCAGAGAACUCCUCAAGGACUGAACCACCAUCAUAUUCUAGAAACCUGCAGAUCAACUGCUCAGACCCUGAUGAUGAUGUCCGGUUGGUGAGAGGAUCCAGCACCUGCUCUGGUAGACUAGAGAUGAAACACCAUGGAGAGUGGAGACCAGCGGAUCCUUCUUUCUAUAAAUGGACUCUAAAGUUUCCAGCUGUGAUUUGUCGAAGACUCAACUGUGGCUCUGCUGUUUCAUCUAGACUGAUAGAGGAAUCUUCUGACAGACCUGUGUGGAUGAUCAUCCCUGGUUGUGCAGAGUCUAAAUCUACAUUAAAGGAAUGUGUGGACACAGUGGAUGGGUCCAGAUCUUAUGGGCUGGAAAUCACCUGCUCAGACUCUGUCAGACUGGUGAACGGGACUGGUCUGUGUUCAGGCAGACUGGAAGUGAAGUCUGACCAGCGGUGGUCUCCAGUGUGUGAGGAGGACUUGGACCUGCAGGGUGCUAAGGUGGUCUGCAGGGAGCUGGGCUGUGGGGCUCCUUCAGUCCUCAAGGGGGGAAUGUUUGGAGAGGUGGAGGCUCCGUUCUGGACUAAGAAGUUCCAGUGUGAAGGCCACGAGUCUGCUCUCCUGGACUGUCCAGACUCAGGGUUGACUGGAAACACCUGUCCACCUGCUACAGCUAUUGGGAUCACCUGCUCAGACCCUGAUGAUGAUUUCCGGUUGGUGGGAGGAUCCAGCACCUGCUCUGGUAGACUAGAGUGGAAACGCCAUGGAGAGUGGAGACCAGGGCAUCCUUCUUACUUUUUCCCGAGUCUCAAUGAAACAGCUGGGAUUUGUAGAAGACUCGACUGUGGCUCUGUUGUUUCAUCAAUACACAGAGAGAAAUCCUCUGACAGACCUGUGUGGAGGAUCAGCCCUUUUUGUGUACAGUCUAAAUCUACAUUAAAGGAAUGUGUGGAAACAGUGGAUUGGUCCAGAUCUUAUGGGCUGGAAAUCACCUGCUCAGACUCUGUCAGACUGGUGAACGGGACUGGUCUGUGUUCAGGCAGACUGGAGGUGAAGUCUGACCAGCGGUGGUCUCCAGUGUGUGAGGAGGACUUGGACCUGCAGGGUGCUCAGGUGGUCUGCAGGGAGCUGAGCUGUGGGGCUCCUUCAGUCUUCAAGGGGGGAAUGUUUGGAGAGGUGGAGGCUCCGUUCUGGACUAAGAAGUUCCAGUGUGAAGGCCACGAGUCUGCUCUCCUGGACUGUCCAGACUCAGGGUUGACUGGAAACACCUGUCCACCUGCUACAGCUGUUGGGAUCACCUGCUCAGACCCUGAUGAUUUCCGGUUGGCGGGAGGAUCCAGCACCUGCUCUGGUAGACUAGAGAUGAAACACCAUGGAGAGUGGAGACCAGCGGAUCCUUUUCAGUCUUCCUGGACUCUAAAGUUUCCAGCUGUGAUUUGUAGGAGACUCGACUGUGGCUCUGUUGUUUCAGCUAGACACAUAGAGGAAUCCUCUGACAGACCUGUGUGGAUGAUCAACCCCUAUUGUGAAGAGUCUAAAUCUACAUUAAAGGAAUGUGUGGACACAGUGGAUUGGUCCAGCUUUGAUGUGCUGGAAAUCACCUGCUCAGACUCUGUCAGGCUGGUGAACGGGACUGGUCUGUGUUCAGGCAAACUGGAAGUGAAGUCUGACCAGCGGUGGUCUCCAGUGUGUGAGGAGGACUUGGACCUGCAGGGUGCUCAGGUGGUCUGCAGGGAGCUGGGCUGUGGGGCUCCUUCAGUCUUCAAGGGGGGAAUGUUUGGAGAGGUGGAGGCUCCGUUCUGGACUAAGAAGUUCCAGUGUGAAGGCCACGAGUCUGCUCUCCUGGACUGUCCAGACUCAGGGUUGACUGGAAACACCUGUCCACCUGCUACAGCUGUUGGGAUCACCUGCUCAGACCCUGAUGAUGUCCGGUUGGCGAGAGGAUCCAGCACCUGCUCUGGUAGACUAGAGUGGAAACGCCAUGGAGAGUGGAGACCGGUGGAUCCUUCUUACUCUUCCUUGAAUCUAAAGGAUGCAGCUGGGAUUUGUAGGAGACUCGACUGUGGCUCUGCUGUUUUAUAUAGAGAGAUAAAGGAAUCCUCUGACAGACCUGUGUGGAGCAUCAUUACUGAUUGUGUACCAUUUAAAUCUACAUUAAAGGAAUGUGUUAUACCAUUGGAUCUGUCCAGUUCUUAUGGGCUGGAAAUCACCUGCUCAGACUCUGUCAGACUGGUGAAUGGGACUGAUCUGUGUUCAGGCAGACUGGAGGUGAAGUCUGACCAGCGCUGGUCCCCAGUGUGUGAGGAGGACUUGGACCUGCAGGGUGCUCAGGUGGUCUGCAGGGAGCUGGGCUGUGGGGCUCCUUCAGUCUUUAAGGGGGGAAUGUUAGGAGAGGUGGAGGCGCCGUUCUGGACCAGAGACUUCCAGUGUAAAGGUAACGAGUCUGCUCUCCUGGACUGUGGAGGAUUUGACUCAGGUAGAACCACCUGCUCACCUGGUAAAGCUGUUGGACUCUCCUGUGAAAAUCCACAUAUCAGGUUGGUAGGAGAGCCCAGCCGGUGUGCAGGAACACUGGAGAUGAAACACAUGGAAGAGUGGAAACCUUUGGAUGAUUGGGAAUCUCUCUGGGACCAGAGGUCUGCAGCUGCAGCGUGUAGAAUUCUGAAAUGUGGCUCGGCUGUUUCAACAAGAAGAGUGGAACAUAAGAAUAAAAGACCGGUGUGGGUGAUCAGACCCUCCUGUGUCCAGACGUUUUCUCUGUUGGAGUGUGUACAUUAUGGAUCUUAUGGCAGCGACAGUGACAUUGAGGUGAUCUGCUCAGAUUUGCUUGAAAAGCCAAACAUCACCUUCUCCUUCUCCACUAACGGGGCCUCCGAGGCCACGCUGCAGGGCUACCGGGCCCUCAUUGGCAGUAGCUUCAACAUCACAUGCUCCAUCAAACCUCAGUAUGAAGGGGGAGAUUUCCAGCUCAUCUACUCUGACGCCGUCACAACACAGAGCUACAGCCAGACAGCAGUCAACCAUUCUGCCCAUUUCCUGUUUCCUCCUGCAAACCAGAGCCACAGAGGGCAGUACAGCUGUGUUUAUCACCUCCAUGUUUACUCCCAUAACUUCUCCUCAGAGAGCCAGACUCUCUCUCUCGCUGUUGGAGACCCUCUGAGAGACCUGAUCAUCAGAUGUGUGGUCCUGCUUGGUGGUCUGCUGAUAUACGACACUGCCCUCUACUGCUACUAUAAGGUCAAAACCAGACAGAUUCCCAGGGACUACUGAUGUGUUUUUCUUGAUGACUGCCUGUUGUCUCAGUGAAAACGGUGGAGCCAGGAUAUUUUUAUUGACAUUUGUCAUCGCUGUGGGUGUCUGUGGGGACCACAAGAGGGGUCCUCUCAGAGAUACACUCUCACUAUCAACAACUGGAGUUUUGGGCUUAUUAUCUCAAUGUCACAAACAUUUUUUUUUCAGUAUCCACCUUAUUCCUAGCCCCCAUGAUUCUUUGUGUGAACUGUGGUUGCAACUUCCGGUCCUUUCUAUCUGAAUGGGACUUUGCAUAGAAACGAGGUGCUAAACGUGAUUAUUAGAACAAUUUGGACAUUAAAAUAUGAAAACUUCACCUCAAAUGAGAUUAUAUUAUUAUUUCUCCACCCUCUACUAGAGACUAUAAAGUGACAACAUUACCUCAGAGCAUAUUUAGCUAACUUUAUUAGCUUUGUAUCAAUAUAGUUAUAGACCAGUGGUUCUCAACCUUGGGGUUGGGACCCCCUUUGAGGUCACGAGACACUUAGAUGGGGUCGCCAGGUGCCUUAAAAAAAUAAAGAAUAUUUUUUAAUUUUUUUUUUCCCAUCCAAAUUUUGUUACUAUUAAUUGACACUUUUUAAAAUCAAUUUCUGCACAAUUUGGAAUCAUUUUUGACUCUCUUUUACCCAUUUUUGGAACUGUUCACUUUACACCGAUUUGUCCACAUUUUAACUUAUUUUCAUCACUUUUUCCCCCCCAUUUUUUGCCAAUUUUAACACACUUUUGCCACUUUUAACCCAUUUUUGUCCAUUUUAAACCCUUUCCACUGCUUUGUUUCUGCCUGUGUUUUGCCACUUCUGUUGUUGCCUCUGUUGACCAAUUAUUGACACUAUUAACCCUUUUUACCACUUUCUACAACCAUUUUUGCCAACUUAACCCAUUUCUGCAAAUUUCUGCUUAUCGUUCUGCCUCAGUUAGCUCAUUUCUGUCAGUUCAAAACGAUUUUCCCACUUCUAAAUCCCAUUUCAUUAAAUUUUCCACCCGUUUAUGCCCCUUUUAACAUAUUUCUACCAUUUUUUCAUCCCCUUUUACCACUUCUUUUGACCAUUUUUGAAACUUUAACCAAUUUUCUGCCAUUAUUUGCUUAUUUUUUGCUUAUUUUUUGCCAUUUUUAUCUUGUCCUUGCCAUUUCUAACCCAUUUCUGCUGCUUUUAAAAUCACAUUCAUCACCUGUUCCACAUCUUUUUGUUGCAAUUUUAACCAAUUUUAAUUCUGCUUUUAAGGAAAGUGAUUUACAUUUGUAAAAUGGCUAUAUACUACAGCACAAAUGAUUAUUAAAAACAGAUAUUUAUUGCUUUGAUAAUAGUGGUUAUUGUUAAGGUGAAAUAUAAAAUAUGGUUAUCAGAGCUUAA